AUGUCUUGCCGCGCCAUUAUCCUGUUGGCCGUCAUUGGUCUUUCACAAGCCUGUGUUCCCACAAGCCCAACGACAACUACAGUUCCUUGCUGUGCACCAUUAACAGCAGUCAACGUUCCCAAAGUUAGCCCAGUAGGAGAAGCUGCAACAUUCCACCAAUGUUCCAUCCUGAGAAGAGUCAGCUCUACUUGCCCAACAACUGGAUAUCUUCUCUGCUCUGCCGCUGCUGAAACAAAUCCUACCAAUGUAGUCGUUCAAGCCAUCGCUGAAGAUGGAACUACAGUUCUCAAGCAAGCUAAUGGUAACCCAAUGGCCAACUUACAGCUCUUCUGUGUUGAUGGAGAGUGGAAAGCAACUGAGGAAGGAGAAGGACCAACAGUUCAUCAAGUCUCAUGCUCUCAAACUGGAUCAACAGGAGCUGACUUCUCAUUCUCCAGCGUUGGAGACGCUCAGUCUUCUGUUGCUCAUCACGGAUAA